GGGUGGGAGGGGGCAGGGAGUUGGGACCACACUGAGUUGGGACGGGCACCGGGUCAGUACGGCAGAACAAGACGUGGCACCUACAGGGGUUUAUGUCUCACUCCGACAUGAGCCUGGCAGCGCUGGGGGGCGACGAUGCAGCCACCCUGCCCCCCCCUUAUACCCCGGGGCCCCCCAAGCCCAGGGAACCCCUGGAUUGCUGGGCCUGCGCCGUUCUGAUCACUGCCCAUAACCUGCUGGCGGGAUGUGCCAACCUGCUGAUAUUCGUGGUGCUGUGCGGGGGGGCCCUGCUGCCUGCUGCCGCCAUGCUGCUCUACGGGUUCCUGUGUCACCCCCGGUUCCGCCGGCCCACAGAGCCCCUGUGCUCCCCCAUCCUCACCCCCGCGGCCUGCACCGUCCUACUGGUCUUCGGAGUCAUCUUGCUGCUCCCGCUGCUCAUCCUGGGCCUGGCCGCCUAUGCCCGCCUCGCCCGCACCCUGCAGCUGGGCUCCUGCUUCCUGCCCUACAGCCGCGCCGUCUACCAAGGCUCCGCCCAGCGCAAGCAAGAGACCAAGGGCCGGCCUCAGGAGAGCAAAGCCUGGGUGUAAGGGGCGGAGCCACCAAGUGACUGUGCAACAGCUCUACAAAUGAUGUCAUCAAUCCUCUUAUGACCUCAUCCUUCCUCUAAUGACCUCAUCACUCCUCUAAUGAGGUCACUGCUUUAACUCAACGACCCACAAUAUAGCAACGGUUCUGCAUCACUGCGACAUUGUUACGGCGGUUUCCACGACCUCAAGCCAAUGGACGGAGCAGUCUAACUCACUUUCAAGGGGAAGUUAAACUGUCUAUAUAUAUAUAUAUAGCAUGGGGGGAAUUUAAAGGGGAUGUUCAACUUUUAGUAUAAUGUAGAGAGCGAUAUUUCAUUGGUCUUUUUUUUUUUAUUAUUUGCGGUUUGAAAAUUAUUUCACUUUUGUUCAGCAGCGAGCUGGUUGCUAGGGCCCAAAUUACCUUAGCAACCAGGGAGUGGUUUGAAUGAGGGGCUGGAAUAUGAAUAGGAGAGGGGCUGAAUUGAAAAAUAUUCUGUAGAGAGUGAUAUUCUGAGACAAUUUGCAAUUGGUCUUCAUUUUUUUUUUAUUAUUGGUAGCUUUUUAAUUAUUUUGAUUUUUGUUGUCAGCUUGGAAUUUCAGCAGCUGUCUGGUUGCUAGGGUCCAAUUCACCUUGGUAACCAGGGAGUGGUUUGUGAGAGUGACUGAUCUAUAAAUAGUAGUGGGUCUGGAUAGACAUAUAAAUGCAUUUUUUACAGUUUUUUAGUUAUUUUGCUUUAUUUGGUAUUAUAGCAGCUAUCUGGUUGCUAGGGUCUUAUUUAUCCUAGCAACAAGGCAGUAGUUUAAAGGAGAGAUGAGAAUAUGAAUAGUAGAGGGUCUGGAUAGACAUAUAAAUGAUACAAAGUAACAAUAACAAUAAAACUGGAGCCUCACAGAGCAAUAGGGUUUGGUUGCCGGGGUCAGUGACCCCCAUUUGACAGCUGCAGGGAGUUAGAAGAAGAAGGGAAAUAGCUUGAAAACUAUAACAAAUAAAUAAUAAAGUUGAAAAGUUGCUUAGAAUAAGCCAUUCUAUAUGGAUAAUGAAUGCUUUCAUGCCAUCGAGCCAGCAGGGUCACUGACCCCGGCAACCAAAAACAGACUUGCUCAUCCAUGUAACAUGUGUAACAACAGUCUCUGUACCCCUCGCCCUGUAAUCUGUUUAUUGUAAGCCUCUGGGGGGGGGGACAUUUGAUACGAAAUAUAAUUUUUUUUGUUUUUCCCGUG